CGGAAAGAGCGCACUGCGGGGGCGGAGGCGCUUCGCUUUUUCUCCUUCUGUAACUACCGAAAGAGGGAUUACUCUGGUUUGUUACCGCGACGGCACUGCAAACAAGGCAGUGUGGUAGAAAGAGCGCGGUGAGUUUCGGGUAACGAGGGGAAACAACGCUCAACAAAGCGAAGGCGCCCCCAGUGUGACCAGACGCUGCCGAGAAGCGGGCGCCCCCAGCCUACUCCCGAGGAAUUCACCACGGGGCUACGUGCGCGUUGCGCGCAGAAGGCUCUUUAUUUCCGACAGGGGCGAGGCAAAGCCAGGACGGCGACUGGCGAUGGUAGCCGAGAAUGGUCCCGAGAAGCUGGUGGUGUCUAAUUUGCGGCUGCGUCUUCUGGUCAACACGUGCAAUUAUACAAGAGCCUCAAAAUAUACGAUUUAAUUCAGUUAUGCUUGAUAGUGUUCUCCUGUGGGAUCCAUCAAAUUUUUCUGAAGGAAAUGUAACCUAUACAGUUCAACUUAAAAGUUUGAAGUCAGAAUUCAUUGACUUGUGCCGAAGAACAUACUUCACAGAGUGCAAUAUUUCAAAUAUACCUAAAUAUGGUCUUUCUCAUUUAAGAAUUAGAGCUGAAUUUGAGCAUAAACAAUCGCACUGGAUAUAUCUUAACUUCACACCAUACAAGGACACAAUCAUUGUACCUCCUAUUGUACAAAUUAUUCCCACAAAAUCUGGAGUCUUGGAUGUUCAUCUCCAAAGCCUUCCGGUUAUACUUAAUGGUAUCAGAUACUCCUUGAAGGAUUUUUAUGGUUCGGUAGUUUACAAGAUAAAAAUUUGGAUGAAUGCAAGUGAACAGGCUAUCGAUAACGUGACUGCACCACACACUUUCCAUGUAAUAUCUGGCUUACAUCCUGGAAUAACAUAUUGUCUUAAGGCUCAAGCAUUUAUUGAAGAACUGAAUAAACCUGGAGAGUGGAGUAAAACCAGUUGUACCCAAACAACUAAUAGUAAUAUAGUAGGGACAGAUCCAAUAACUGUGACAGUUAUCUUCCUAACAGUAUUGGCAUUCAUCAUCUUCUCCAGUUGUAUGAUAGCUUGUAUUUAUCACCGGAUCAAACGUUCCUUUUGCCCUUCAUAUUCUUUGCCACAACAUUUCAUUCAGUUUUUAAGCCAUCCUUCUCAUAGUUCACUAUUUUUUGAAUCCCAGCCACAGGGAGAGGAUCAUAACUAUGACACACUUAUUGUUCUUUUGGAGAAGUCCAAACAGUGCAAUAGUGAAUUGGAAAAUAAAACAAGCAACAUCAAACAGGAGCUGCAAGGAUCUCAAGAAGACACCUUUAAACCUAAAGAAAUUUCAAACUGUACAACUUUGCUUCAAGUUUGAAACUUGGGAAUAAUAUACUGUACUUUAAGGAACUUAUUGGAAUUUACAAAAGGAACACUUUGCACAUUAUCAAGUCAUUAAUGGUGGAGUUUUUUUACUUGAUAAAAAUUUUAUAUGAUUUUCUAUUUUGGAAAUUUAUUUAUACUAAAGCCUUAAUUUUACACUAAAAUGUAAUAAGCAAGUUCAAGUUAUUAAAAUUGUAUAACAUUUAAAAUAUUCUGAAUAUACUUUAUUCAGUAGUGUUUGCUCUAUUAUUUUGAAGAGCCUUUGACAAAAAUAAAAGUAUUCUUCUA